GGAGCACAGAAAGACGCGUCUGCCAAGUCCUGUCCACCCCACUUCUUGGUGACGUGCGGAGCGGCGCACAGACAGGCUACUUACCGAGCAGCGCACAGCCGCUACCAGUGCACAGUGUUGUUCCUUUUGCAGUAAAAUGCAACAGCAGUCUUUGCGGGAUAAAGACAGCAUUCAUACAUAAGCAGCGUCGUAGCGAAACAAGGACAAACGCCGGGGGACAGGAGCAGCGAGCCACCGGGGAGGUGUAGACGGCAAUACUCAAAAGAUCUAAUUUGUCUGUGAUGAGCAUCCCCAUCCACCAGAGACCAAAGGUACGGCCUGCCCCCGUUUUUCCCUCUGAGAGGAAGAGGAAGUGAUGUCACGCCACCACCACCGCUUUGAGAGGGACUACCGGGGACCCUGGGAGCGGAGAGACAUCCGUCCUUCUGGCCUCCACAAUGGAGGAGCCAAUCAUAGCUGUGCCUCUGCCGUCGUCAAUGGCAACAACCGUCCGGGGCUCCUUCCCCUCCCAGUCAUCCCCUCCCUCCUCCCCACCCCAGUCACAGUUGCCGUGACAACAUCGAGUAGCGACAUAGCGGUCAAGCGAGGCAUCACGGCAGCAGGAUCGGUGGCUUCCGCAUCUGCCAAGGUCUCCGGUCUGUCUCCUGGAGACAAUCAGACCCCAGGACUGCUGCUGGCUCCGGGGGUGAGGUGGGGACAGACGCCCAUCAACCAGCUCACACCCUGGGAUACAGAUGAGCCUCCUGCCAAGCAACAUCGAGACAGCGAGCCCACCGGUCCUACCUGGGCUUCACCAGUUGCAGCAGUGAGCCAGCCCAGCCUCCUGCCCCACACCUACGCCCUCCCCCAGCCGCCCUCCUUCAGCCACAGCGUGACUGCACAGUCACCCAUCAUAGGAGUAACCCCAUCCAUCCAGGCACCAGUACCCCCGCAGCACCCUCUCAUGACAGCCCACUUCCAGCUGACGCCACAGUCGACCCAGCAGCCGCCCUCUAUGGUGCUGAGCAUGCCCAGCCAGCCUCCGUACGCCUCCGCUCAGCCCACGGUCGCACCGUCCGCCCUCGCAGCCCAAGCCAACCAGGUGGUGCAUCCAAACCCUCACAAUGUGAUGGGCAACGGCCACUUAACCUCUCACCCCGGCCUCAUGCAGCACCCCGCCUUGCCGCUGACCAACGGACAGGCAGCAGCAGCGGCAGCAGCAGCAGCGCAUGCUCAGCCCACAGCCGGAGACAAUCAGGACUGUCCUAACGGGCUGCAAAUGCUGCGGACAGUGGGGAUGGGGAAGUACGAGUUCAGUGACCCAGGACAUCCUAAAGAGAUGUUGAAGGAGUUGAACCAACAGCGCAGAGCGAAAGAGUUUACAGACCUGAAAAUUAUUGUUGAAGGCAAAGAGUUUGAAGUCCACCAAAAUGUUCUAGCUUCCUGCAGCUUGUAUUUCAAGGACCUGGUGAAAAGGUCAUCGGGGGAGGCGAGGAGUGGGGAGACGCUGGAGCUGAACAUGAGCAACAUUAGCGCCGACGUGCUGGAGCUGCUGCUCGAGUUCGUCUACACGGGAUCGCUGGUCAUCGACUCUGCCAACGCCAAGACGCUGCUGGAGGCUGCCAACAAGUUCCAGUUCAACACCUUCUGUAAAGUCUGUGUAUCCUUCCUAGAGAAACAGUUGACUGCAGCUAACUGUCUGGGAGUCCUGGCUAUGGCUGAAGCUAUGACGUGCACGGAGCUCCACAACAUGGCCAAAGCUUUUGCACUGCAGAACUUCCCUGAGGUGGCAGGACAGGAAGAGAUUCUGAGUGUGUCCAAGGACGAUCUGGUGGCCUACCUGUCCAAUGACAGUCUCAACACCAAGGCUGAGGAGCUGGUCUAUGAGACGGUCAUCAAGUGGAUCAAAAGAGACCCCAACACCAGAGUGCAGACUUUGUCAGAUCUGUUGGCGGUGGUGCGUCUUCCCUUCAUCCACCCGUCCUACUUGCUGAACGUGGUGGACAACGAGGAGCUGAUCAAAUCAUCGGAGGCAUGUCGUGAUCUGGUCAACGAGGCCAAGCGCUAUCACAUGCUGCCCCACGCGCGGCAAGAGAUGCAGACGCCCAGGACUCGGCCGCGACUCUCUGCUGGUGUAGCCGAGGUGAUAGUUCUGGUGGGAGGGCGUCAGGCGAUCGGGAUGAGCCAGCGCUCCCUGACAGCAGUCACCUGCUUUAACCCCCAGAGCAGUAAGUGGUACCCACUGGCCAGCCUGCCCUUCUACGACCGCGAGUUCUUCAGUGUCAUCUCGGCGGGAGACAACAUCUACCUGUCAGGGGGCACAGAGUCUGGUGUGAUGGUGGCUGAUGUAUGGUGCUACAUGUCCCUGCUGGACAACUGGAAUCUGGUGUCCCGAAUGACCGUGGCCCGCUGCAGACACAACAGCCUGGUAUAUGAUGGCAAACUCUACGCCAUCGGAGGACUGGGCGUAUCAGGGAACCUGGACCACGUGGAGAGGUACGACACCAUCACGAACCAGUGGGAGACAGUUUCUCCUCUUCCUAAGCCGGUCCAUUCUGCAGCAGCCACGGUGUGUGGAGGGAAGGUCUACGUGUUCGGAGGUGUGAACGAGGCCGGGCGCUCGGCAGGUGUCCUCCAGUCCUACGUACCGCAGAGCAACACCUGGAGCUUCAUUGAAUCACCCAUGAUAGAUAACAAAUACGCCCCUGCAGUGAGUCUAAACGGUUUUAUAUUCAUCCUGGGAGGAGCCUACGCUCGAGCCACCACUAUCUAUGACCCAGACAAAGGCAACAUCAAGGCCGGUCCCAACAUGAAUCACUCCCGGCAGUUCUGCAGCGCUGUGAUCCUGGACGGGAAGAUCUACGCCACAGGAGGCAUAGUGAGCAGCGAGGGUCCCGCCCUCGGCAACAUGGAGACCUUCGACGCUUGCACCAACACUUGGACGCUGCUGCAGUCACUGCCCUGCCCGCUCUUCAGACACGGCUGCGUGGUCAUCAAGAAGUACAUUCAGAGCGGCUGAGGGCGGCUGGGACCACAUCCAACUGGGUCGACGGCAAACACCAGCUGAGCUCCGCUUCUGUGGGACGGUGUGCGACGGCAGCUUAGGGCCGGGGCCGGUCGGUCAGCGACCUCUGGACUUGAUGCCAGCAUCCAUCCAUCCAUCCAUCCAUCCAUCCAUCCAUACACACUGUUACCUGUCCCACCACCCAAAAAAAGCCCUGUGCAGAAUGUACUCAUGUUCAACUACUCAGCCAUGUCAGGUGACGAUGCCUAACCUCCAGUACUGUAUGUGUCAUGGUAGUAGUUCAUCCUCUCAUCCAACAGGCACAGGGACCCUCUUAGUAAAUUACAAACUCAUCAUUGUUUCAGUUCUGUCUUUUCCAGAUCUCUGUGAACUCACCACCUCCGUUUUACUCUUAUACUUCAACUCAGCGCAGUCGAGCUAUUGCAGGUCCAGAUUUGUCUGUUUUUGAGAAUUCUGUUCCUCCGUUUUCCAGUCAUUAAUUAGAGAGCAGAGUUUCAUUGUGGUGUAUGAAUGUUUUUCAGUAGUGACAUCUACAGGGCAGGAGGAAAAGUGAAGGAAAGGAAUCCACUGACGGUUUUCCUCUUUAACAGCACGUGACGAGUUUCUUCUCUCUCCGCUGUGUCGGCAAGCGUAGUUCCUGCUGUGAGUGUGGAUUUAUGAGGUAAUUUUAAAAACAGAUUUUGAACUCUGUGCAACCUGGUACUUUUAAUGACUUGCUAAACAUAGGAAAAACAAUCAAAUCUGGGUCAGGUGGGGUUUAACAAGAAAAAGCUUUAUUUUUUCUUUGUUUAUAUGAAAUUCCAGCUUGAUUGAGAUAUCAUCUGGAGUGUUAGUGGCCCGUUUCCCCCUUUGAGUCACACUCCGGGACAAAAACAGCAGUGCACGUAGAGAGAGAGGGAAUUCCACAGAUGUUCAUGUUGGGACAGUUCCUCCGGAAAAAAGCACAAUAUUCACCUGUGACUGUUAUCAUAGUUAUCUGUCCAUCCAUGUUUUUUUUAUGUCUCAUCGGUUUCCCUCCCCACCUUCUUUUUGUUUUAUACAAGAUGUUUCAUUGCAACCCACAAAUGAUUUGGGGUUGGUAUUCUGUAAAUACAGGAAGGAAAAUGUAUAUUUUAAAACCUGAAGGCAAUUCUGUAUAAAUGUUUUUAGAAAAAAAAAAUGAUAGGUUGGAUUCAAAAGGUAUGUCUGUAAAUCUGUACCCAAAAAGGAGAAAUUAACAAUUGUUAUUAUUGAAACCUAAUACAUAUACCAGAACAUGAAUACAGUGUCAAGUCUUU